GUCAUCACGCCACUUCCGUAAUCAGCUCGCCAGUAUUACUGGAAAAUAAAACCGGUGUUACUUCACGUGAUUUUAUCCUGUGAAGCGCUGAUCAAAGAUGUCUAAACCGAAAUUAGUCGUUUUUGACCUCGAUUACACUCUCUGGCCGUUUUAUGUGGACAGUCAUUUUGACCCACCUUUCCACAAAGAUGACAGUGGCACAGUGCGGGAUUCAAGAUUUGCCAAAGUUUCUAUCUACCGGGAUACUGAAAAGAUCCUGAGUUCACUCCAGAGUCAGGGGUUCAAGAUCGGCAUUGCAUCACGAACCAGUGAGGUGGAGGGAGCCAAACAGCUGCUGUCACUCUAUAAUCUCAACCAAUACAUUUCCUUCAAAGAGAUCUACCCCGGGUCAAAGGUCAAGCACUUUAAAAGGCUGAAAUCUGACAGUAUUGUCCCGUUUUCUGACAUGAUGUUCUUUGAUGAUGAGGACAGGAACAUCUUGGAGGUCGGCGAGCUGGGAGUUCACUGCGUGUUGGUUCGUGAUGCGAUCACCUGUGAUUUAGUGAACAAAGCACUCGAGGAGUUCAGCAAGAAGCAAUGACGACAUCGCAGAGAUGCUGCUGUGGAUUGUUGCUUAGUGACAGCUGCUACAGAAACAGUUAUAUAUGUUCAAUGGUUCCAAGUUUAACUAGUAACUGUACAGCACUUAGUAAUUGCAAAACAAGGUCACUGUUUUUAAAUGUAUGAGAUUUUUAAUGUUACACAAAGAAUACAUGGAAAUAUGUUUUUUUUAAUGAUUUUUUUUUAACUUAAUUUUUUUUAUUUCAAGCUUUCAAGGAUGCAAAUUUGCCCUUAAUUUAAUCACCCCUUCUUACAAAGCUAGCCACAAUUCCCUUUUCAGUUUCUUCCCUUUCUGUAAAGGCAAUGGUCUUAAAGGGAUAGUUCAAUCAAAAAUGAAAAUUCUCUCAUCAUUUACUCACCCUCAUGCCAUCCCAGAUGUGUGUGACUUUCUUUCAUCUGCAGAACACAAAGAUUUUUAGAAGAAUAUCUCAGCUCUGUAGGUCCAUACAAUGCAAGUGAAUGGUGACCAGAACGUUGAAGCUCCAAAAAGGCAGCAUAAAAGUAAUCCAUUCGAUUCCAGUGGUUUAACCUCCUGAGACCCGAGCGUGACUGCUGUGUGCAUUUUUCAUUUCCCUUUUUGAUUUGUAACUAGUAGCCCCUAAUAAACAUGCAAAAAAAUAAUAAUAAUUAUGUCCUAGUGUGGGGACGGCAGGUCUAAGUUGUGAAAUUUUAAAUAAUACCAAGCUAUAGAAAGUCAGCUUUUUAUAUAUAUAUAUAUAUAUAUAAAUUUUACAUUUUAUAUCAAAUUAUUCAUCAUGUUUUCAGGAGUGUUGGUUAUUCAUGUUUUUGAGACGUUACUGACAUGACAGCUGAUUUUCUGUAAAGCUGCUUUGGAACAACGUGUAUUGGGAAAACACAAAUAAAAAUGAUUUGACUUGAA